UGUGCGCAUGCGCGCGUGCGGCCCGAGAGGCCGGCUGAAUCCGAGCUGGCGUUUGAGAGGGAGGUAGGGGGCGCGCGCUGUGAGUUGAGCGGACGAUCUGGAGCUGGCGGUGGCGGCUGUGAAGGCGCGCGGUGGCAGGGGCAGCGAGCGCGAACGGCAGGCGGAGGGAUGCACGUGCACGGAUGAGCCAGCGGCGACCUGGAACGGGGGAGAGGGGGGCGGGGCCGAGUGGUGAUCGACGCCGGAACCGGAGUGAGAGAGCGGCGGCAGCGCCGAGCCGCACCGCGAUGUACUACUCAGACACAGAUGCCUUGGGUGGAAUGAGUGGGCGAAUGAGAGCAAAGAAAAGGCCAGCUAUUCUUGAAACUUCAGUGGAUAAUAAUCCCCCUUUGAGAUCAUCUGGAAGACAGGUCAAAAAGAAAACUUUUGAAAAUGAAGAAGAGGAAGAAGGUUGUGAAAAGAAAUACAGAAAAUGUGAAAAAGCUGGCUGUACUGCAACACACCCUGUUUGCUUUGCAAGUGCUGCAGAAAGGUGUGCAAAAAAUGGUUACACAUCACGUUGGUACCAUUUAUCUUGUGGAGAACAUUUCUGUAAUGAGUGCUUUGACCAUUGUUACCGCAGCCACAAAGAUGGAUAUGAAAAAUAUGCUACCUGGAAAAGAAUUUGGACCAGCAAUGGCAAAAGUGAGCCGAGCCUGAAAGCAUUCAUGGCUGAUCAAUUGGUUCCUUUCUGGGUUCAAUGUACAAAGCCUGAUUGUGCAAAAUGGCGCCAAUUAACAAGGGAUAUCCAGAUGACUGCAGCAUCAGCAAAAACAUACCAUUGUGGCAUGAAAACUCAUAAUACAGUUAAGGUUGAAAAUACAGACCCCUGUUCAUUGUCUGAAGAUAUGCGAGUGGGUGAAGUUGAAGAUAGCAAGUGGUACUCAAUGCUCAUUGUGCCUCCACUACUGAAGGACAGCCCAGCUGCCCCCUUUCUUGGUGCUUACUAUCCAGACUGUGUGGGCAUGAGUCCCUCCUGUGCCAAUACUAACCGUUACCACAAUGAGUACUCCAGUCUGAAGAUGAAUUCAUCAGAUCAUAGCAAAAGCAAUGUUCAAUCACCUGUUGCAGGAAUGAGUCCUUACUUCCAACCUUUCUAUCAACCCAAUGAGUGUGGAAAGGCUCUUUGUGUGAGGCCAGAUGUGAUGGAACUCGAUGAGCUGUAUGAAUUCCCUGAAUAUUCCCGGGAUCCUACAAUGUACUUAGCAUUGCGAAAUCUGAUAUUGGCUCUUUGGAGCAUUAAUUGCAAAGAGGUUCUCACCCCUCAGAAAUGUGCAAACCACGUAGUUGUUCGAGGACUUGUUCGUAUUCGCUGUGUAGUAGAAGUGGAGAAGAUUUUACACUUUGUUACAAGAAAGGGCUUAGUUAAUACUGGGGUCCUGACAAUUAGUCCUGACCAUCCGCUCCUGCCCAGCUGUUAUCAUAAGAAAAAUGUUAUUGUUGUUGGUGCUGGUGCUGCAGGCUUAGCAGCUGCACGGCAGCUACAGAAUUUUGGAAUUAAGGUGAUGGUGCUUGAAGCCAGAGAUCGGAUUGGUGGACGUGUGUGGGAUGACCGUUCUCUUGGUGUGACAGUGGGAAAAGGAGCACAAAUUGUUAAUGGCUGCAUUAACAAUCCCAUCGCACUAAUGUGUGAGCAACUUGGAAGCAAGAUGCACAAACUGGGAGAUAGAUGUGACCUGAUAGAAGAAGGUGGAAAUGUGGUUGACCCGUCCAUUGACAAGUCCAUUGACUUUCAUUUCAAUGCCAUGCUGGAUGUUGUGGCAGAGUGGAGGAAGGACAAGAAGCAAUUUCAGGAUGUUCCGCUUGGAGAAAAGAUUGAGGAGAUCUACAAAACUUUCAGUCAGGAAUCUGGUGUUCAGUUCAGUGAAUUAGAAGCCAAAGUGCUACAGUUUCAUCUUGGCAAUCUUGAAUAUGCCUGUGGGAGUAAUUUGCAACAGGUGUCUGCUCGUUCCUGGGACCACAAUGAGUUUUUUGCCCAAUUUGCAGGUGAUCAUACACUCUUCACAUCAGGUUACUCAUCUGUCAUCAAUAAACUAGGUGAUGGUCUGGAUAUACGACUCGAUAUGCCAGUAGUGUCCAUUAACUAUUCAGGUGAUGAUAUUUGUAUUGGAACAGCUAAUGGAACAUUAUGGACAACGCAGAAGGUUUUAGUUACUGUUCCUUUAACAUUACUUCAGAAAAACACUAUUCAAUUUUAUCCACACCUGCCUGAAAGGAAAAUUAAAGCAAUCAACAGUUUAGGACAAGGGGUAAUUGAAAAGAUUGCCUUGCAGUUUCCAUAUAAAUUCUGGGAGAACAAAAUACAGGGAGCAGACUUCUUUGGUCACGUUCCUCCCAGUCCUGACAAACGUGGACUCUUUGGUGUAUUUUAUGAUAUGGAUCCACAAGGCAAACAUUGUGUCUUGAUGUCUGUUAUCAGUGGAGAUGCGGUGGCUGUAAUACGAGAUAUGCAAGAGGAAGAAGUGAUUGAUCUAUGUAUGAAUGUUCUCAAAGAACUUUUUAAAGAACAGGAAGUUCCAGAUCCAAUCAGAUACUUUGUUACACAGUGGAAUAAGGACCCUUGGACCCAGACGGCUUACAGCUUUAUCAAGGCAGGGGGAAGUGGUGAAGCUUAUGAUAUAAUUGCUGAAGAUAUACAGGGAAAAGUUUUUUUUGCUGGUGAGGCAACAAAUCGGCACUUUCCACAAACUGUUACAGGGGCGUACCUCAGUGGAGUCAGAGAAGCUAGUAAAAUUGCUGCAUUGUAAAUGAUGACGUAUAUGACUGAAUGAAAAAUACUGUAAAUAUGGAAGGUACUGCUCUUUAAAAAAAAAAUUGCUGCUGAAUUCUGUAAUGGUAAUUCUCUGCUUCAAAUUCAAGAAUGAAGAUUUGCAAAUAUUUAAAAAUUGAUUAAAACUUGUUUAUAUACCAGAGUACAAAUAUUGGUUGAACUUUCAGCAACUAUUCAUGUUACAAAUAAAGGCAAUAAACCUGUAACUUGGAGCCUUUUAAUAAAAGUUGUGAAACAUAAGUGUAAGUUCUACAAAGUGCAAAAAAGCGGUUAAAUACUGAACAGCUUUCACAACACAAUACUAAGGUUGCAAUACAAAAAAGCCACCUGUGAUUUUGCAGAACCCAAUCAGUUCCUUUAUAUUUGUAAAUUUAAUACUGGAUUCUAAUCACCUAUCAAUAGUUGUUGCAAGUAGUGACCAAGGAAUUUGAAACUGUAUCAAGGAUUGUAUUUUAGUUUUGAAAGAAAUUUAUUUCUAUCCUUCUAGUGUCAAUGCGUUGUUUGAAAGCAAUCCUGUUAGUUGUUUGGAAGAAACUCUGCAUUUAUAGCCAGAGCUAUAAUUACCUCAGUCAAGUGUACAAGAUAGCUGUUUUUUUUUCUGCCAGAUUAAAUUUUAUUAGCAAUGCACAAAAUUCUGGAGGUACUUCCGUCAGUCAGCAUCUAUGGAGAAGCAUAAACAGUUGAUGUUUUCAUCUAAGACCUUGAUGAAGGGUCUUGACCCAAUACGCCAACUGUUUAUUCCUUUCCAUAGCUGUUGCCUGACCCUCUGACUUCCUCCAGCAUUUUUUGUGUUACUCUGGCUUUCCAGCAUCUCAUAUUCCUGAAUAAUCAUUAAUAUCCAAGUUUUAGAACAGGAAAAUCAAAGUAUACUUGUUUGUUAAACUAAAUGUUGGUUUGAAAAUGUGCAAAUAACACUGCCUUUUAAUUCUCGUCAACCUGAGUGCUAUUAAAAUAUGACAGUUCUUUCACUGCCUAAACUAAAUCCUUUUGAUCCUAUUUAUAGUCAUUUUCAAUUUUUUUUAAAGCCUGUAUAUAUUGAUGUAAAUGUUUCAUUUUGUUAGAACUGCCUCCUUUGUGUCUGCUUUCUGCAAAUAGAGAAAAAAGAGUACUGCUAGAAUUAAUUUGAGCUGAGCUAGAAUGCCAGUUUGCCUUUGGGGUAAUUUAAACAAACAAUCUCAGGUACUGCAUUUUUAGCCUUCCUUAUUCCACAAAUUACUUUUAAAGAAACUUGUCUGUAAAUUUCUCAUUAUCUUGCAAACUUGUUCUUCAGCAGCCUGAUCCAAAAUUUAAGUUAGCAUGCUAUAUCGUAUGACUGUAAUACACUGUAUGCAAAUUAGGAUGGUUUUGGUUCAGGCAUUGCAUUAUACUAACAGCUUGCCUAAAGUUUGAUUUCCAAUGCAAAUUCAUACCUCUGUUCUGAAGUUGUUUGAAAUGAUGAAUAUCAAAAAUAGAUAGUAAGAUUACUUUCUCUCUUCAUCAGUUAAAAUUAAUUGUUCUGAACAAAUGAGUUUGCAACAAGAUGGAUGCUCUUUCUAUUCAGAAAGAUUUUUUUGUAAGCUGGUCAUACUCCCAAUUUAUAAAGAAUUUUAAAAAGUC